AUGUCCACGGGACGACUCUUAGUCGAUCAAUGUGUUGAUGCAUUGAUGAAGAAAUUAACUGAAAUCAGUGAAGAAAAUACGAAAGAAUUCAAUAUCUAUUUGUUGUACAGACGUUUGACGAUGGAUGUUAUUUGUCAUUAUGCAUUCGGAUUGGAUACUGGCAUGCAAAACGCUAUUCGCAAUGAAUUUAUGAUCAAAGCAGAUGCAUGUUUUGAUCAACGUGUUGAAACACUUCUGUUGACGGAAUUAAGUUAUCUUAUGCCAUGGAUCACACCUAUUCUCGUUCUACUCACUCGUAGUCAAUUAUGGCUUGGACAGUUUUUACAUCGCAUAGCCCGGACAUUGUUUCAUAAUAUUGUUGAUUCUGUACCUACGAUGUGGCUUCAGUCAAAGGUAGAUGGUACUAUCGAUGCUCGCACAACAGCCUCGAAAACAGCGACGAGAAAUGAUUUACUUCAGUUGUUACUGGACGCUGCAGCUACUGAUGAAAGUGAUGUCGGAGAAAAUCGAUUGCAUAUCGAUGAAGUCAAAAUCAAUGUAUUUUUAUUUACGAUCGCUGAUUAUGAAACAACAUCAACAGCAAUGGCUUACUGUCCGUACAUUCUAGCAACUAAAUAUGAGGAUCAGCAAAAACUUCAAGGAGAAGUCGAUGAACUCAAAGAACGCGGUAUCAACUAUGAUUCUGUCACAAAACUAUAA